CAAAAACAGCGGAUCACCGUUUCAUUUUCGCUUUUGCGUCGUCGAGCAAGCAUGGUGGCCCUCAUUUGCGUCAUGUACUCGGUCAUGGCGGUCUUCUCGUCCACGGGCAUCUACUCGACCAACCCGUGCGCGACGCCAGCAGCGGCGCCGUCGGCCAUGGACGUCUACCGCGACCAAAUGGAGACCUAUCUGAGCAAGAGCGAGCUGUACCGGGACUUGCACGCGCCACCCACGAUGCCCACCGAAGACGACGAGUGGUCCGAGAGCUCGAGCCGCCGCCUACGCGCGUCGCCAUGAGCACAAGACUCCUUAUUUAACGCUGUAAUUUCUAUAUCUACGCUCGCAACGCUUUUCGCA